AUGGAUGAAACCUUCAAAGUGGUGGCACUGCUUGUAGUGGGUGCCUCAGCUGAUGUAGCACUUGGUGUGGGAGCUGAGUCACUUGUGGUGGUAGAAUCUGUUGAAGGAGAAGGAGGUGAUGAGACAUCCUCUUCUUCAGGUGAUUCUGCUGAGCUGGAGGAAUCUGAAGUAGGAGAUGAUGAUGGUGAGUUUCCCUUAGGUGGUGAUGAUGACUUGGGUGAUUGUGUGGGUGCACUUCCAUUGCUCUUACUUUUAGGUGCAGCUGCGGGGGAUGACGAUGGCGAUGAUGAUGAUGAUGAUGAUGAUGAUGGUGAUGAUGAUGGAGAUGAUGAUGGGGAUGAAGACGGUGAGCUGCUUGGUGAUGAGGCACAGGAAACCAACCCAACAAAGGCAACAAAGAGGAGAGCAACAACAAUCACUUGA